CCCUUAGAGACACACUACAAAGUCUCUCUACUUUUGUAGGAUUGAAAGUAAAAAAAUGGUUUCUCCAAAACUUUCAAACACUAUAGUAAUAGCAUUAUUCCUUUUAUUUUUCACCUAUGAAUCUAAGGGUGAAUCUUAUUCUUUUUCUUCUAGUUCACACAAAACAUCAUUUGAUCAUCAGAAAGUUAAUUUAUCAAUAUACUAUGAAAGUCUAGACAAAGGAAGUGCAAUUUUCAUAGUUAAGAAUCUUGAUGAAAUAUUCAACAAUGAUAUUAUUAACAUUGUUAAUCUCCAACUAAUCCCUUGGGCCAAUUCUCAUGUCAAUCAAGCCAACAAUUCCAUAUCAUGUCAGCAUGGACCAGAUGAAUGUGAGUUAAACUCUUUAGCAGCAUGUGCCCUUAAUAUUUGGCCUAAUGUGAAUGAACAUUAUGGUUUAAUUUACUGCAUUGAGUUUCUGGCAAUUGAUGGAAAGAACAAGAUGUGGAAGAACUGUACCAAAAUACUUGGUUUGCCUGAGAAGCCUUUUAUGAAUUGCUUUAAUAGAGGAAAUGGAACAGAGCUUGGAAAAAAACAUAUUAAUGAAACAGCAAAACUAAACCCACCUCAUUCAUUUGUGCCAUGGGUGGUGGUGAACAAUCAACCUAUUAGAAAAGACUAUGCAAAAUUUACAUACUAUGUUUGCAAGGCUUAUAAAGGUGAUGCUAUUCCAGCAGCUUGCAAUGUUCAUUUGAAGGAGAAAUAAUUUCAACUAUUCAUAUUGUUAGUCAAGAAAAAUAUUACAUCUAUGAUAUAGUAUUAAAAUAAGAAACAUAGUGCCUAUGUACAUUUUCUAGUGCUUAUAUGGAAGUGUUUGUCUU